AUGCGUGUUGUGUUUUCCACAAAUGCAAGAUUCAUUGAAGAGGACUAUACAAGCAACCAUAAGAGUAGGAGUCAAGUAAGAAUAGAGGAACUAGAAGCAACCCAAUCCAUGGACACUAACGCACCGAAAGUACAAACUGAAUCAACACCAACCAUGGUUCGAGAUCGAUUGCCCAUCACAAAUAGGAGAGUUGUCGAGAAUCGAACCAAUGCAAAUGAACCAGUUGGCAACCCGGAUCACGUUGAAAAUGAAGGGGUUGUUGAGAACCAAGUUCAAACGCAAGAAACGAUUGACAACCCGGAACCCGAUUUGAGUGGGAGGGGAACCGAGAAUCAACCCGAAGCACCAGUGCCUCGUCAUAGUGGGAGGGUUCCAAUUAGACCUGAAAUAUAUAUGUUCUUGGGCGAGUCUCACGACAAGAACCCAGAAUAA